AUGAAAAGAGGAUUUGGUGUUAGAGCUUUGCUCAUUUCCUUUCGAAACUCUACCCCUCUCUCGCCGCCACUCUCUACCCCCUUUCGCGCCGCCAGAUCUCUUCACUCUGCCUCGUCUUCCGCCGCAGCCAUGCCCGGAGCUGAGACUCACGAUGUGGAGUGGCCGGCGAAGCGCGUGAGGGACACUUACCUGAGCUUUUUCCAAAACAAGAAUCACGUCAACUGGAAGUCCAGCCCCGUUGUCCCCUUCAAUGACCCCACUCUUCUCUUCGCCAACGCUGGAACUGCGGAUCCCAACACUGCCUUGAGCAAACUCUCUCGUGCUUGCAACACGCAGAAGUGCAUUCGAGCGGGUGGUAAACACAACGAUCUUGAUGAUGUAGGGAAGGAUACCUACCAUCACACCUUCUUUGAGAUGUUGGGCAAUUGGUCCUUUGGGGAUUACUUUAAAGCAGAAGCCAUCAGCUGGGCGUGGGAGCUUCUAACCAAUGUUUACAAGUUACCAUCAGAUCGCAUAUAUGCCACAUAUUUUGGUGGUGAUGAUAAGGCUGGUCUUGGCCCUGAUUUAGAGGCUAGAGAUAUAUGGCUAAAGUUUUUACCUCCUGAACGUGUGCUUCCUUUUGGCUGUAAAGACAAUUUCUGGGAAAUGGGUGAUACCGGUCCUUGCGGACCUUGCACUGAAAUACAUUUUGACAGAAUUGGUAACCGUGAUGCUUCAUCGUUGGUUAAUUAUGAUGAUCCUACUUGCAUUGAGAUAUGGAAUCUUGUCUUUAUUCAGUUCAAUAGGGAGGCUGAUGGCUCUCUUAAACCCCUUCCAGCAAAGCAUGUUGAUACAGGCUUGGGUUUUGAACGAUUGACCUCUAUACUACAGGAAAAAAUGAGCAAUUAUGACACUGAUGUCUUCUUGCCAAUCUUUGAUGGUAUUCAGCGGGCAACUGGUGCCAGACCUUAUUCUGGGAAAGUUGGACCAGAUGAUGUUGAUAAAGUUGAUAUGGCAUACAGGGUUGUUGCAGAUCACAUAAGAACUCUUUCAUUUGCCAUUGCUGAUGGGUCUCGUCCUGGUAAUGAUGGUCGUGAGUAUGUUCUAAGACGAAUACUCCGUCGAGCUGUUCGUUAUGGACGUGAAGUGUUAAAAGCUAAAGAGGGAUUUUUCAACGGGCUUGUAAGUGUGGUGGUGAAUGUCAUGGGUGAUGUUUUCCCUGAGCUAAAACAACAGGAAACACACAUUCGGAAUGUAAUUGAAGAGGAGGAGGAAAGUUUUGGAAGAACCUUAAUUAAGGGUAUUGAGAAAUUUGAGACAGCUGUUCGACAUGAAGCAUUUAUCUUGUGGGAUACUUACGGAUUCCCAUUAGAUCUCACUCAGCUGAUGGCUGAAGAAAAGGGAUUAGUUGUUGAUGUUAAAGGUUUUGAUAGUGCCAUGGAGACUGCAAGAGAGAGAUCGAGAAGUGCUCAAACAAAGCAAGCUGGUGGUGCCAUUGUUAUGGAUGCUGAUGCUACCUCAGCAUUGCACAAAAGGGGCAUUGCCCCAACAGAUGAUAGCUUCAAAUAUGCUUGGUUCAAGGACCAUGAGAGUGUGGUAAAAGCAAUAUAUACUGGUUCUGAGUUUGUUGAUGCUGUUAAUACCGGUGAUGAUAUUGGUUUAGUCCUGGAAUCUACAAGCUUCUAUGCCGAGCAAGGUGGUCAGAUUUUUGAUACUGGAUUGCUUGAGGGUCCACAUGGUUCAUUUCAAGUGUGUAACACUCAAGUUUAUGGAGGCUUUGUUCUUCACAUUGGCAAUGGGACCGGUGUAUCUGUUGGUGACCAUGUAGUAUGCAAGGUUGACUAUGGUAGACGUGCCCUUAUAGCCCCUAACCAUACCUGCACGCACAUGUUAAACUUUGCUCUUCGGGAAGUACUUGGUGAUCAUGUUGACCAGAAAGGAUCCAUUGUUCUACCUGAAAAAUUGAGAUUUGACUUUUCUCAUGGCAAGCCUGUUGAUGCUGACAAUUUAAGGAGAAUUGAGUCAAUUGUUAAUGAGCAAAUUAAAGCUGAACUGGAUGUAAGUGCAAAGGAGGCAACCCUUGCGGAAGCCAAACGUAUUAAUGGUUUAAGAGCUGUUUUUGGAGAAGUCUAUCCUGAUCCUGUUAGAGUUGUGUCUAUUGGACAAAAAGUUGAGGAUAUUCUCGCUGACCCUGAGAAUGAAAAAUGGUUAUCUAUUUCAUCAGAACUAUGUGGAGGCACCCAUAUUUCAAACACACGAGAGGCAAAAGCUUUUGCGCUUUUAUCCGAGGAGGGCAUUGCAAAAGGCAUACGCAGAAUAACAGCUGUCACAACUGAUCGUGCUUAUGAUGCAAUGAAAGCGGCAGAUGAAUUUGAGCAGCAAGUAGAUGAUGCAGCUAAGUUAGAAGGAAGUUUGCUAGAAGAGAAAGUUUCAUCAUUGAAAAGCAAUAUUGAAACACUAUCAAUUCCUGCUGCGAAGAAAGCUGAAAUCAAGACUAAGAUAGCUCGACUUCAGGAUCAAGUGAGGAAAGCACAAAAGCAGGUUGCUGAGGAAAACAAACGUAAAGCUGUAAUCAUUACAGCUGAGAAAGCUGAGCUUGCUGCUUCUAAUGGGAAAACAUUUUGCAUAUCUCGUGUUGACGUUGGUCUGGAUGUAGCUGCAGUACGUGAGGCUGUUACAAAAGUCAUGGACCAGAAGGGAUUAUCUGUGAUGGUUUUUAGCACGGAUGAAUCCACAAACAAGGCUGUAAUUUGUGCUGGGGUGCCAGAGAAAGGAGAUAAAGGUAAGCUGGAUGUGACAGAGUGGCUGAGUAAUUCGUUGGGGCCUCUAAAAGGGAGAUGUGGUAAAGGAAAAGGUGGUCUUGCAACGGGUCAGGGUACAGACGCAGCACAUGUAAACGAGGCUAUGGAUCUUGCAGAAAAAUUUGCAUCAAUAAAAUUGAGUUAA